AACAAUAAAUGACUAAAAAUUCAAUACCAAGCACAAAAUAUAAAAACUGUUUCAAUUUGAUGCCAAAAACGAUCUAAAAAUUACUUAAUAAUUUAUUUUAACGAAUUUGCACUUAACUUGCACUUGCACCAAAUAUGAUAAAAUUAAAGUCAUUGUUCCGUAGAGGACAAGGACCAUCUGGUUCAUCCAAACAUUCCAAUAAUAAUAGCAGCAAUAAUCGUAACAAAUCACAAUCGACAACAUCACUAAAUACGAUAACUGAUAACGAACAGCGUCAGCAGCAGCAGCAGCAGCAACAACAACAACACCAACUGCAACAACAGCAACAACGACAACAAUCACAAACACCCACAGUAACAACGAAAUUUUAUCAAAAAGUUGAUCCAGCCUCUGAGCGUGGCAUUGAUAUAGGUGAUGCUGAACUGAAUAACGCAGCAAUAACACGGAGCGGUACACCGGAUUCAAUACAGAGUUCACACUCUAAUACCUUGCCACACAAGAAAACCAAAUUGGCCGCUAAAAAAGGUCAAAAACAGCCAAAACAAGUACCAGUACUGCCAUCACAAACAAUACCAACGACAACAACAGCAACAGCAACUGAAGUAGCAACAUUUGUUGGUGGUGCAUAUCAGCCAGCAACUGCAUUUAUAGCACCAACAUCAAUAGCUGUGCAGCAAGUCAGCAAUGCUGAUGUAAUGACGACAAUCGCUUUAUCACCCGGAAAUCAAAAUUCCGCGGUUCCCACACUAACAGCACCAACGGCAGCUGCUCUCAAUAAUAACUAUUCAGGAAAUGUUGCUGCAACAACUACUGCACAGGCAGCAGCAGCAGCAGUAGCUCCUAUACCAAAUGACCGCAGCAAUGAUUUGUACCAGUUAAACUCAGUAAUUGCCGCUGCUAAUUACGAAUAUCAAUUAAUCAAUAACGAGCAACAGCACCUUCAGUUAAUAGAGGCUAACAGCAAAAUGCAAGAAUUGCAGACACAAUUAGAGCAAUUGGGACGUGAGAAACUUAGUUUGGAAGCACGUGUUUCGGAACUAAUGCCGUACCAAAGCGAAGUGGGAAAAUUGAAAUCGGAAUUGCUCAAAAUGCAGGUAACAUAUAUUAAUUGA